AUGAGCGAUAUAAAAGAUAAUAAAAUAAAUAGGGAAGAAAAUGAAAGAAGAAUAAUAAAACUUUGUAAAGAAGAUAUUAAUAGGAUAGCAGCAGGAGAAGUUAUAAUUAGGCCAUGUAAUGCAUUAAAAGAAUUAGUUGAAAAUAGUUUAGAUGCAAACUCAACGAAUAUAAGUGUACAACUAAAUAAAGGUGGAUUAAAAUCAGUUCAAAUAAUAGAUAAUGGGGAUGGUAUACAUAAAGAUGAUUUAUAUAUAGUUUGUGAAAGAUUUACAACAAGUAAAAUUAGCAGUCAUAAAGAUAUAAGAAGUAUAAAAACUUUUGGAUUUAGAGGAGAAGCAUUAGCUUCAAUUUCUCAUGUUUCUUAUUUAACGAUUACUACAAAAAAAAGAAAAUCUUUAUCUUGUUAUACAUGCUCAUAUAAAGAUGGUAAGCCAACACAAAAAGAACCAACUGCUUGUUCAGGAAAAGAUGGAACAAUAAUCCGAUUUGAUGAUUUAUUUUAUAAUAUGAAAACAAGAUUAAAAACGUUAAAUCAUAAUGAUGAAUAUAAUAAAUGUUUAGAUGUUUUACAAAAAUAUUCCAUACAUUAUCCGCAUGUUACUUUUACAUGUAAAAAGUGGCUUAGCAAUGUCGUUGAUUUGAGCACGUAUAAUGCUGGCAAAGGAAUUGGAGGAAUCGGAGGAAUAUAUAUUGUAAAAAAUAAACUUAAAGAAGAUUUUAGUGAUGUUAUUUCUGGGGUAGAGAAUGAAGAAGACAAUCAAACAGAUUGUAAAAAAAUCAAUGAAAAAAUGAAUGAAAAAAUGAAUGAAAAGGGAUACAGCGAAUUCGACCAAAAAAUAUUAGACAAAGAAAAAGAGCUAGAUAAAAAUUAUGCAAAAUAUCUUAAUAAUACAAAAACAAUUAUACAAAAAAUAUAUGGUAGAAAUGUUUCAAAAGAAUUAAUACCAAUAUAUGUAAAUGAAAAAAUUCCAACUUUUUUUAAAUGCUACGGUUUAAUAAGUACACCAUCUUAUAUUGCAAAAAAAAGUUCAUAUAUAUUUUUUAUUAAUGACCGAUUAGUAGAAUCAAAUAUAUUAAAAAGAGCAUGUGAAAAUCAAUAUAAUAAUUUUUUAGGGAAAGGAAAUUAUCCAUGGGUUUAUUUAGCACUCCGAUUAAAAUAUGACAUUGUUGAUAUUAAUGUACAUCCAACUAAGAAAGAAGUUCAUUUCUUAUAUCAAGAUGAAAUUGCUACAUUAAUAUCUAAAAAAAUCGAAGAGGUUUUAAAAAAUAUAAAUAAUAUGAGAAGUUAUAAUGCCCCAACUGUUAAUUUAAUGCAAACUAAGUUUGAUCUAAGUACUGGAAAAAUAGACAUUAAAAAAGAAAACAUAAAUAAUAGUAUAGAUGAAAAAAGUGGAGUAAAAAAACCGAUAGAUACAAAACGAGUAAGAACAGAUUAUAAACAAAUAACAUUAACAAAUUAUUUUAUUAAAAAAAAUGAUAAAGAUAAAAAAGAAAUAACAUUAUAUGAGGAUAAUGAAUAUGAAGUAUUUCAAUUAGAAGCUCCCAAAGCAGCUUUAUAUAAUGUCAGUCAAGACAAACAUAUUAGCAACUUAUGUUAUGAUAGGAAAUAUCCUUGUGAGUGUGAUGAAAUUACUAGUAUUAAAAAAUUAAGAAAAAUAUGUGAAGAAAAAGAAAAAAAAGAAUUAACAGAUUGUUUAAAAAAUUCGAUAUAUGUUGGACCAGUUGAUAAUAUUCAUAGCUUAAUACAAUAUAAAGAAAAAUUAUUAAUGAUAAAAAUGCCAUUAAUUGUAAAAGAAAUUAUAUACCAAUCUAUACUUAAUAGGAUAGGGAAAAUACCUUCAUUUAAAUUUGAUCCCCCUAUUCCUUUAUAUGAUCUUUUAUUAGUUGCUUUAAAUAAUUCCUAUUCUGGUUUUUUUGAAAAUCCAAAAUAUGCAAAUAAAAAUGUAGAAAGAGUUUGUAAUGAAAUUGAACAAGUAUUUUAUUCCUAUGAAGAAAUGUAUGCUGAUUAUUUUUCUCUUGUAAUUGAAGAUGGGCAUAUUGUUACUUUUCCAUCAUGUUGUGGUGAAUAUUUUCCAGGACAAGAAUUUUUACCAUUAUUAUUUUUACGACUAGCUACUCAAAUAGAUUAUGAAAAAGAAAUUAAUUGCAUAAAUGGAAUAUGCUACUUACUAGCUAACUUUUAUUCUAAAAUUACUUUAACUUCAGAUACGGAAUGGGCAUAUCAAGAUGAGUUGAAAAUGAUAAAGGAACGUGAAAUUGCUAUGCUACAAAAUUUAAAAAAAGGAAAAAAUUCUGAACAAACAAAAGGAAACAUACAAAAUGAUAAUCCUAAUUUUGAUAGUAUACUUGGAGAUGAAACUGUUAUAGAUGUUAAUAAACAUUUACCAGUUUCAAAAAAUAUUAAUUUAGUUUUUGAAAAAUAUUUUUUUCCAAUGAUUCAGUUAAAUAACUCUAUGAAAAUACCAAACAUAUUUUCAACCAAUGGAUAUAUAAUUGAAUUAACUUCCCUCAACCAAUUAUACAAAAUUUUUGAAAGAUGCUAG